AUGUCGUUAAUUAAUAUUUGCUAUUUCCCACUCGUUUUCAUCUGUUGGGUUUGGCAUGUGGUUCGGAAAUUCUAUUGGUUUUGUCGCCAAUCGUGCUGUCAAUGUGGAUGUUGUUGUUCGUCGCGUGAACAACAAGAGUUGGCCGCGUCGGGUAAUGAGGCAAUUUCUGUGCGCAUCAUUUCGUCAUCAAAUGAUCCGACCAAUGAUAGAACACCGUUUCUAGAGAAUGGACAGGAAAGAAUUGAAAUUGUUAGAGAAGCCGAUGAAAACGGUUAGUUUUUGAAGGUUACAAUGGGCACCUGGGUGGUCAAAUUUUUCUUAUGAACUUUAUUUUCUGGAAUUUGUGGGUGUCGGUAGAACGUUGGAAUAACUGCGGCAUAUCUGCAGCAUUUCUCUUGUCACGAAAAAAGUUUUGCAUUUGAACAGCGGAAAUGCAGAAAAUAUUCAAAUGUCAGCACUCAAGCUGAAAUUCGGCAGAUUGGCGGCAUUUUUGCAAUGAUUUAGAGAGCUCCUCAUUAGCAGAAAUGCAGAGCCUGGCGCAAAUUCGUAGAAUUUAGGUGCGAUGAAUUUAGCGCGGAAUUUCGGCUCAUAAAAUGCAUGAAAGAGCGGAUUGUUCAUUGAAUGCUCCCAACUUCAUGGGCUCGAAACUUUGUGAUAUUUCCAAAGAAACUUUAAAUCCGUGUCCUGAUCUCAAAAAUUUUCAAGUGUUUUGUUUCUGUUUUUGCUUUUCUGCAACAUGAUAUCCGAUACAACAUUUUGUUUUCCGCCGUCAAUUCUUUUUGACAGUUUCUAGUCAAUCUUAUCAAAUCAUAUCUUCUAACAACUCGUUUCUUGAUGAAGAAAAAGUAUCUAUAUCAUCAGAAGACAUUUUAUAAAUAAAUUAAUAAUUCGUAUGGCUGGUUGAUUUUUCAAGAGUUCAAUUUAUAUGUUUUUUGUGUUUAAGUUAAAAAUAGAUGAGAAAUGAGGUGAAAAAGAUCAUUGACUAGCGAAACAAUUAUUCAAAUAGACGUUUUUUUUCUUUAUAUUUCGAAAAAAAAUGGAAGAAAAAAGAUGGACGGCCUUGCGCGACCCGCAAAAAGAGCCAAGACAAAACUCAAUUAUCGCCGGACAUACAAAAAUGUUUUCUGUUUUUUUUUUCGUUUUGGUCUUUUUGGAUUUCAAAUCGUUUAGUGGAACUUUAUAGAAAAUGUAGAGAAAAAAUUGUUAUAUAAUUUUUAGAUGAGUCAUUGGAAAUUUUCAGUCACAAAAGAAAAAAAUGUCCGAAAAGGGAAUUGGAAAAUUGUUAGUUGUGAGAUUGAAAAAUUGAAGCUUUUUGUGAAGAAUCUUCCUCAAAAAGACUACUGUAGGUAUGAUUAAUCUUCGCAUUUUUUGUUUUCCACCUUGUUAUCGGCCAAUUAUACCUACCGUAGUCGCUCCGCACUUUUUAUGACGUUCGAACGUUUUUUUUCUGAUCGGCAGAAAAAAGGUUUGUAAAUCAAGCCAAUUUCAGAUCGUACACAAAUGUUGUUGAGACAGAAAAAAAAAGUUUCAAAUAUUGGACUAAUAUAUAUUUUUCUGUGUCGUCGCUUUUUUUUGUCGGCCCCAAAUUAGUCUUCGCUUACUGAACACAUUUACUUGAUGCACAUUGAGACAAAAUCAUAAAGCAGCACUUUUUUUCUGUUGGGUUUUUUUUUUGAUGAUAAAGAUGAUGAAGUGAAAUAAUUCCAAUUUGAAAAGUAUUAAAAGGGGUGGGGGAGGGGGAUAUUUUUUUGAGAAAUCAAAAAUAGUAAUAAGUUCCCCCAGAGGUAAUUGAGAAAUGUUGUUGUGUUUGAUGGGAGCGGCAUUGAAGUGGAAAGGAACACUGACUUCUGAAGUGGGAGAAGAAGAAAAAGAUGAAGAUACGAUGUGCUCUGUCUUUCUUUCUUGUCAAACAUUUUUAUCAUUUUUAUCGAAAACGAGAUGGAUAGGUAGAUAAAUACAAUUAUUGUUGACAUUAAUUAAACAUACAUAUAGAAUUAAUGUUUACAAUCAAAAGUCGAGUUUUUUUCCUGCUUUCUGGUAAAUUGCCAAGCUGAAAUAAAUCGGAUGGUUUUUGAUGAGUGAAGGAAAUGUAAAUAAUAGUUUUGGAAAAUGUUUAGAGCUUGGUGAUGGAUUUAUGUGAACACAAAAGAUUUUAAGUGGUGAUAUGAAUAUGGCGGAAGUUUUAGAACUUGUUCGAAAUAUAUAGAUAUUGCGCAUAUUGAACAACUUUGAAUAAAACCUUUUUGGAUUUAUGAGAGAACUAACAUUUUUCACAAAAGUUAGACCACUUCCUCGGGACUUUCUUUAGUUUAAACUUUGGCCCGAUUUUAAUUCAGAAUUCGAAAAGGAAAGUGAGUUUUGUUUUAGUUUUUCCUACAUGCUUUUACCAAAAGCUCUCAAAUUUUCAAUUUUCAACCAGAUUCAGAAUCAACAAAAAGUCUUAUUAACACAAAAUUCCACCGGUAGCUAAAAAACUUCUGAUCUUUUCAUAAUCGCCCUUGAAACUGUUUCAAUUAGUCGUCGAAAGUGGAUUUUUUCAAAUGUUUUUUGUUGGAAAAAACGGAUCAAGUACAUUUUUCAAUCUCAAGAGGCAAAGUUUACACUUUCUUGCAAUAACGAGGUUCCAGAAAAAGAUUAAUGAUCAGUUUCAGCGGAAAUGUUUGAGAAAAUAUGAAACUUGAGAAUACAUAUUUCAAAUAAUUUGAUAAUUUUUCCUGUUAUUUUUUGGUUGUUUCUCGUAUUCAUUCAUUCAUGCAAAUUAGACCGGAGUGUUGUGUUGAUAAUCUCUUUUUCCGACUUGGACGAAGAAGACGCGUCCAUUAGAUGCUAUCAUCUUCAAUUUUCAUAACAAAAAUAAUUAAUAAAAUGCAAAAAACCUGAGACAGUCUCUCUAUUUUCUCUCAAAUAAAUAAUCAUCAUAUUAUUAAGCCUCUUUCUUUUCCCUCUCUGCUGAUGCUGCGCAAAAAUAAAAUACGGUAGGCGGAGAGAAAAAACGAAAAGGAUGGUAGUUAUUUUUGUGCGUAUGUAUGUGUAUGUCCUCACUAGAGGUGGAGAAGAAAAAAAAGGUCAUUAAUUAUAUAUUCCCACUUUUUUUUAUCAAUCAGUCCAGCCGAUUGGCGUGCAAGGACACGGACCAUCUAGUUUAUUAAUAUUUGUAUAAAUAUUUUGGUGUUUGUUCUUUCUAGUUGAGACGAACCAACCAAAAUAAAAUUAUGCGACGAAUUUGUAGUGCUCCUUGGUAUUCACAAAGUACUUAUUCAUUGAAUAUUAUACCGGAAGAAAAUAUUCCGCCUGUUGAUUAUGAUUUGGAUUUUUUUGGUUAGUUUUCUGUUUUUGAAAUUGUAUUCAAGGUUUUGCCAUUUUUUCCGAUGAUUCAUUUUUCUGAAACAAAUUUUGUACUUUUUCAAAAGUAUUUUUUUAAUUCUUCAUCCUAUUCAACAAAAUAAAAUAUACAUAAAAGUGUUGCGAUAUGUGUAAUAAAUAUGUUUUCCAUUUCUAAAGCUUAUCAUUUUUUUUUCACACUCCCAAAAAAAGAAUCAGAAAACCAAAGCGUAAAUCUUCACAGAUUUAUUUACCCCAAAACAGAAAACACAUGUACAGGCAGCGCAAAACGGAACACUUGGGUUAAAUAAAUAUAACAAAAACACAAACUCAUAUUUGCGAGAAGAGAAUUGAGAAAGCCAGAAUAAGGAAAAAACAAGGUUUUAUUUGCGCUGAUUUCAUUGAAAAGAAGAAAAAAGUGUGAAAAAAGUAGAUCAAAAAUAUAUGUGUAAAUAAACAAUUGUUUUUUUUAUUCCAGACGCAAUUCAUGAUGAAGAAGGACCAGCUCCGAAUACAUCUGACUCAUUGGAUCGUCGUGGGUGGUCUUCGGUAUCAAAUCGAACAACGUUGACAGCAUCAGUGCACAAUAAUUUGAUGAAUGGAAGAAUGUCAUCGUCGAGUCAUAAUUUGUCGACAAGACAUUCGGGAUCAAAUCAAAAUUUGAACCAUAUGCCAACUAAUGCAUAUGGUGUAAGUUCGAUUUAGAAAAACAAUUUGGAAAUGGGGCGUGAGGUUGGAAAAUUUAAAAUGGUUCUGGUCUCAUAAAUUAACUCUUAAGAAACCAGACAAUUCUUGACUAAUGUUUGAUUUUGUAAUCGUUUUAUUUUAAAAAUUUUUGUAAUUUCAUUUUUAUCAAAAACUCCAAAGAUAUCUUUUUUUUCAACCAAAUCGUAAUGUCUGACAAUAUAUUAAACUAGGAGUUCUAAAAAUAAUCAAGUAGUAUAGUUUUUGAUGAUAAUUAAGUUUAAAAAUAUGACGAGUUUUGAAAAUUGCCGCCUAGAUCACAGGUUGGGGACUAAAUUAAAAAUGAGACGAAUGAAAGUUAUAGAAAAAUUUUGAAGGGGGCAAUUUGUUAAUUUGUCGGAAAGUCGGAAAACUUCAAAGUCCCUAUUCACAAUUCAUGAUUCAUUAGUAACAAAUAUUCAAAAACAUAUACAUAGUACAACUUUCAAAGAGUAAACAAAGUUUCGUUCAAUUUGAAUACGAUGAAAAAAAGUAUAGAAAUAAUAACAAAAUUGAACGAAAAACGAAGACGUAUGGAUGAAUAGUGGAUGACUCACGUCCACUCAUAACAAUUUUCUAAAAUAUAAUAAAAAAAUUUCACAAAAAAAUUGGAAUGGUGUUUUGAAACUGAUAAGAAGACGAAAAAAGAAGAGACAGAACCACUUACUAACAAAAACUGACUGCAAUGCAUUCCUUCGAUCCAACUGUUUUUAAUAAACAAGAUGUAUAUGUUAUGAUGAAUUUUAUGUGGAAUUUUCAGUUCCCAAUUCAACCACAAAAUACUAUUCAUGGCUCGUCUUCUAAUAAUCAUUCUUCUGAUGCUUCUGCUCCACAACGAAUUGCGGUGAGUUCAAAUUUAUUUUGAUUUUUUUUCUUGAAAAAUUAAUAUUUUUUCAGAAUAUGCUUUCACGACCAUUCCGAUCGAAUCCAUUGAAACGUACGAAAUCAGUGAGCAAAAUGGAGAAGGAGAAUAAUCAGAGGUUAGUUUGAGUUCAGUAUUUAGUAGUUUCUCAGUUUAUUGACAGUAUAUGCAAGUUAUGGUUUUGUAUCAAAGUAUUUUGUUUCAAUUUUGAACAAAAAAAUCAAUUUUUUAUAGUUUGGGGAAAAACCGUGGACUGUAAAUAUUUCCAGAAAUAGUUUAAACAAAAAUUAUCUAAACAAUUCAUUCGUUCCUAUAAAUAUUUAUCAAUCAUUCAUAAUUUUGUACUUUUUCCUUUUUACUUUUCUUUCGAAACAAAAAAAUAUUCUGACUGCAACUAAACCAAUUAUUUUUUUGAUUAGUACAAUUUUUCCUUUUUUCACGAAAAAAAAAUGAAAUCGAUAACUAACCAUUAGAGGUGAUUAAUUAUGAUUGGAAAGAAACAACGAACAUUUUUUGUUUUUCAUUUCCGAGUAAUUUUUCCAAGUUUUUUUGUGAAUCAUUGAGAGGAAAGGUUAAACCAUAUUUAUGAUAUUUUUAGUGAACAAAAAAAAUAAUCUAACCAGUUUUGAACCUUUUUAUUCUGUUGUUGUUGUGAUUGCGCAAUUUUCACUUAUAUUUCAUUUUUUUUUCAUAAUCUGAAAAAAACGUAAUACAUAGUAUCAAAAAAUAACCUGAACCAACCUGGAUGUCGCCCUCACAACAACAAAAAAAUUUGCCUUGUUACACAAAACUUAUGUAAUUUUUUGAGAUAUCUUCUCUUACUUUUUCAUUUCCUUCAGCUAACGUUUCAAUGGCCCCCAUAUGUUGUGACAAACGUUUUUUUUAAUUUUGUUUUUUGUUGUAGAGACUCUAAUUUUUCCCGUGAUCAACCAGAUGUUUUGGAAAAAAAAUUUCAUGAAGUGAAAUGAAAUUUGAACAAAUUAAAAUAUAAUGAAUGAACUUUUGGAUUUUGGACAAAUUUAAUAUGCUUUUUUCAAAUUCUUUCCUAGUUUUUUCUUCUCUUUUAUUUUAGCCGUGAUCUUCCAAAAUUUUUAACCCAAAAAAAGUUUCUUAAAAUUCCUUUCACUUUUGACCCUAAUUAUCUAAAUUCAAACAAUAGCUAUUUUCACUUUAUAUUUAAACGCCAUCAUCAUCAUUAUUCUUCUUGUCACUUUCUUAUCAUUUUAUCCUCCAAAUAUUCUCAUUUAUCUCUAUUAUUUCAAAUGAUAGAUUCAAUUUGAUUUCAAAUUUCAAUUAUUCCUAAAAAUGUAUAAUCGCUCUUUUCGUGUUCCAAAACGUCUUGAAUAUUCACAGUUUGGUUCAGAGCGUUUAUCGUUAUCCAAAACCAAUUCUGAAAGAUGUUUGCCAAGAAUCAGCGCAAUUAAUUUCGAACCUCUAACUGAUAAUCAAUCUAUUAAUUCUGAAGAUAUUUCAAUGAGAACUAAUAUGAGUUGUUUGACACCAAAUCGAGAAAAACAACAAAAUCAUAAUGCAAAUCCACGAUUGGUUAGAGGAAGAAUUGUUUAUAAAUCCAAACGGUAAGUUUAUUAGUUGUAUAGUAGAAUGAAGAUAUGAAACAUGACCCUUGAUUUUCUCUUUUUCCCUUUACUUUUUUCUAGUUUCUGAAUUCCGGUCAAUUGAUGCGACUAAAAAUCAUCUGUUACCUGCCAUUGUGAAAAAUAAAUAUAACCUAUUGGAUCAAACUUGUUGUUGAUCUAGUAGUGUUCAUAUUUACUAUUUAAAAUUUUGAAAAUGAAAAUAUAAAAAUUACAUUUGAUCUCACCAUGAUUUGUAGUAAGACUAGUAAACAAUUUUCAGAGUUCAGCUUUUAAUGAAUAUUCAUUCAUUUAUUCAUAAUAUAGUUUAGUUUUGAAUGAAAAUUAGACAAACCCCUUUCCCCUGAGGAACCUUUCUUUUUUUUCGGAUAUCCAUUUAAAUAUUUUCCAAAAUCUUGUAAACAUGUUUCUUUCAUGUUUUGUUAUCGGAUAUCAAAAAUAACUAUCACGAGAUUCCUUCAAUAUAAUUUCACCUUUUUAAAAAUUUAAAAACAUAUCAACAUGUUCUCAAGAUUCAAAUUCGCAAUAAAAUUCAAACGUUUUUUCUUUUCGGAAUUUUCGAACAUUGGAACAUGUUUCCUAAUAAAAAAAUCAAAAUGAUUAUAGGUUAAGCUGUUCUCAAAAAUAGAAAUUAAAUCAAAAGUCCACUUGGGAUUAGCAGUAGAAGGAUUCGGAAAACGAAAUAAAUAAUUACAGUUGUCAUAAACCAUUUUCUCUUUCGUAUUCUUUUUCCAUUUUCUCCGCAAAGAGGUCGUAGCCGUAUUCCAAGAAAAAAAGUUAUUUUUCCAACUGUGCAAACCCCUGUGGUGACUAAACUUGUUUUCCUUUUCUCGGUUUUUCCACAAAAAAGAAUCUUGCUUGAUUCAAUGUUGUGUGUUUGAACAAUCCUUUAUCAAAUAGUUUGAUUUUUAUUUUCGGAACUAUGUUUUCGACUAGAUCUUGUUCAUAUACUGUCAAUAUGCGGAAAAAGUGAGUAACAAAAUUAUUUUAGGAUAAUAUAUUUGAGCUUCACGUUGAUGAAUUCUCAAAUUUUUCAGCACUUUGAAUCGUAUUGAUCCAACAUCAACACCAACCAGCAUUUCAUCAGUCAACAAUUAUCCACCAAUGCCACCAACACGACGACAUAUGAGCACACCAGCACGCGAAGGUAGUCUUCGAGCCUGUCGGUCACACGAAUCACUUCUCAGCUCAACAGCCUCAACACAUAUGAUUGAUUUGAGUGGGUUAUGUUUUUUAUUUGAUGUUUUUGUCUUUCUCUUUUUAUCGAGAGUUCUUUGAGUGAGAGAGAUAUUUGUUAUCUUGUUCGACAGAAAGAAGAAAAGAGAGAGUCAGAUGGGUGUGAAAUUUGAGCAAUUAAUGAGAAAUUAAAUGGGACCCCUUUUUCUGGUCCUCGAAAUCGAGAUUUUUAUUGUUUUCUUGUUUUUUUUUCUUGCCUUUGAUUGAAUAAUCCUAUUAGCAAAAGAAAAAGCAAAAGCCAUCUGGCUUCAAAAAUAAUAUUCUUUUGUGAUCAGAAAACUUUUGUAAAACUUUUGCUUUUAUUCAAUGUUUUUGAAUUCAACAAAUAACAUUUGGAACAAUUCGUCUUUUAAAAAUUCUCUUGGCCGAAAAUAGAAUAGAUGAAAAAAAAACCAAAUUUCUCGCAUCCUGAUGAUAACAAAAAAGGGGACCGGUGGGUCUUGCUAGGCAGAUAGAGAAAAUGCGCCCUAGUGAAACACUCAUAUUCAAAUAUUCUCUCGAUUUUUUCUCAUUAUAUUAUCUAAAAAAAACCGAACAAUGUUUCAUUUUUUGUGCGUUUUUUCGCAAAAAAGAUAUAUUCGACCUAUGACUUGUCAAACCUCAUCAAGAAAUCAAAAAUUACGUAAUGAGAAAGGCAAGUUAAUCAGAAACCAUUAGAUAUUUCCCAUAUAACUGUUACUUUUCGGUAUAGAAAAAAUUGCAAUUUUUAUUAGUGUUUUGAUGUUACUAUUUUAUAAUAAUCUGUGAAAAUAUUUGUAUUUUACAGACGAGGACGCACGCUUGCACCCGGUUCAUCCGUCAGUGUUGGAUGUUCCAAAUUGUUUCCGUGUUGCAAAUACAUAUUACGCUUGUCGGACUCCGUUGGAAAGAGCAAAGUGGAUGGAAAAGUGAGUUUUGAUAAGGGCUUACAAGGGUUUUAUAGGAAUAGAGGUGGAGGUAAAAUGUUGUGAAGAGAAUUGAAUGCACGUUUUUUGUUCAUAUAUUUGUGGUUUUGUGUAUAAUUCUAUAGGUUGAUUGUAUUCAUUUCGCAUCUGAAAAUGACUGAAAUCAAAAGAAAACUGUUAUAGUUUUAUAUAGCUACAGAUUUUUCAAGUUUUGAAACCGAGUUUUUAUAAAUCUUCAUGAGAUGACUAAUCUGAUCAUACUGAAGAGCAAAAAAACUGUAAUUGGUUUAGUUAUGAAGUUAGUUAGGUUUUCAAAUUAAAAAGAAUCUUAUUUUAGCUUCUGACAUCAUUUUUGUUUGUAUGCAAAUUAAACAUUACAAAAUUCAAUACGAUUUUUUAUCAAGCUUUAUAGAAACAUACCACUAGGAAACCCUACCUUUUGAACUUUCCUGGAUUUUUCUUAAAUUCAAAAUGUUUCAAAAACAGUUCCGAGUAUUCGAUAAAGUGCAAUUUAUCAUCAUCAAACCAAAUUUCCAAGAAAAUCCCAGCCGAUAUUUUAAAAGAUUUAGAAGAUUAUUAUAUCUAUCCAAAUUUUCAUAAUUCAACUAACAAAUCCAAAAUGCUUUCUAGAUACAUACAUAUUUAUCCUAGCAAACAAGCAUAAAAACAUUGGAAAUAGACAGGUUCUUCUCUAUUCCUCAUCCAUGUAUAAUAAUAAUAUAUAAUAAUAAUAUAACAAUAAUAAUAGAACCAACCGCGCAUAUAUAUAUGAGAAAAUGAAUGAAAUAAAAUUCGAUUUUCAAGUGUCUUUUUUCCUUUUUUUUUCAAUUCCAAUAUUCAGAUAGAUAGAUAUACAUAUAUAAUUAGUAGUAUGGAGGACAUUUGACGAAUAAUUAGCAUUGUUUUUCUCGAAUUGAACCCAUUACACCCUAACAAAUAUUCGACCCUCUUCACUUUUUCUCCCCCUUUUUUCAUUCAUUCAUUCAUCCACCAACAUAGUCAACUAGUACACAUGUUCGCUGGAUGCAUAAUUAUUGAUUGAUUUAGUUUUUUGGCUUACCUUUUCUUUUUUCCUCUAUCUAUGAAUUGAAUUCGUUUCGGUAGAUUAGUCAUAGCAUGAAAAAAAGAAAAGAAACGAUAAAUGUGAUGAUCCAUUAGUGUCUAUUUUUUUGUUGUUAGAAAGUUAAGUGUAUCUUCUUUUUUUUUGAAUGGUUUUGGGUAUUUUUAAUGGCUUUAUUCUUUCUUUUCACAUCUUUUCAGUUAAGAAAUUAUUUGUUUUUCGUUCACUUUUUCUGCCUUUAUAAUAUCAUAAGAAUUAAAAAUGUCUCAUAGGUACAUAUUUUUAAUUAAAACAAUUCUAUAAAACUUUUUUUGUUAAUGAGAAACAAUUUUUUGAAACAUUGAAACAAAAAAAAAAAGAUUCUAUCAGAAAGCCGCACUUUUUUGCACCCUAAUCCGACCUCGUCAACAACAUUUUUUCUUCGUCAGGAAAAAAAUGACUUUGCUUUUUUUUGCUCAUGAAUUUUCAAUCUUUUUUUCUCAGACCUUUAAUAUUCGCGUGAGAAAAUUUUGUUCGCUUUUCUUUUUUUUUUCUAACAUUUUUCAACAUUCACCUGACUUUGGUUUUCACACCUGCACAUUUAUUUCGUGCGGUUUGAAGAUUUGAAAAAAAGAAAAAGGAAAAACCCACAUUUUUUGUUGAGAAGGUGAGAUUAGCAUCUGGUCGCUAGGUCGGGUUGGUAAAUGACCUUCUCACAGUUUUUUUCAAAAAACAUUUUUUGAUGGAAUUUUUCAAUUUUUCAAUGUUUCAAUUCUCAAAUUAUUUGUUUUGUUUACAUGUGAUGUUUGGAACUCUCUUUCUUUUUUUCUUUCUAAAAGUUCCACCCACCUUUUCUCAAAAACCUUUCUUUUUGAAACUUAAAAGAUCGGAUAACGAGAUAAGUUGGCAAGUUUUUCUAGGUUUAAAAAAUAUAUGAAUAAAUAUUUUCUGCAUAUUUUAUUUACCCACUUAUCUCGGCCCUUUGGUUAUUAUAAAUAAAAUAAAAUAAGAAUCCUUAACCCUGACCUUGUUUCUUUUUUUUUGUUCUCAACAUUUCAUGGAAAACAUAAUUUUUCCCUCAAUCGGAUGAUGAUUUUCAGCUAUUGUUCUCGCUUUUUUUGUGCCUCACUUUUGUAUGAACAGACAGUUUUUUUGUGUGGGGAAAAAUCUGCGAUGCGGAAUUUAUGUGUACACAUUUAUUAUUUACCAAAUCAUCAUAACUGUUGUGAUGGGAUGGAUUGACCGCAAUUUCAAUUGAUCAAUUUUUUAGUUGUGUUCGUUUUGAAAUACGGUUUCAAAAUUUUAGUUACCAAAUUUUGAUUUUUUGAGUUGGGGUUGUUUUUGUAGAGUAGAACUUUUUAUUGUGCAAUAAUUACAAAAUUGAUAAAAAACAUUCUCCCAUUAAAUGUUAAAAUGACUUUCGUUGGUCAAAUUUUUGAUUACUUGACUAUUCUUCGAAUAAUAAAUAUAAUCUAGAAGUUUUGAAAGUUGAAACUAUGCUCUGCUAUUCUGAAAAUACUGAUUUUUAGUCUGAUCUUCAACUUCCAAGAUUUUAUACAGCUUUUACCUUCCGAAAAAUUUCAAAAAAAUUCAAAUCUCUAAUUGUUACUGUUUCAAAUGUUUUGAAAUCAGUGACUGAACUUCCUGUUAAAGUAAAAGAUUUUUGUCACAGUAAUUUUCAACUUACAAUUAAUUUCUCUAGGAUCUGAUAAGUUAUUCACAAUCAGUUCGGAAAUUUAUUAUUGUCUGUGAAAUUAAAAACUUGACAUUUUGUUCUGAAACAUUUCUUGAUCAGUUUCUCACAUCAGAUUUGAACUCAAAUCUGACAUUUGAUACGCGCGAAAAGUUCAAAAAAAUCCUCGUCUCAACUUUGUCUCCUAUCCCGCAUACCUGACAUUGUCAAACAUUAUAUUGUUAUUGUAUUGGGGAUAUACAAUAUAUCCAUCUAGUUUUUUUUCCUUCCUGCCUUCCUUCCAUUUCCCACGCCCUCUCAUUUUGUAUACUUCUCAAAUUUCACCACCCUUUUUUCCCAACUAUCCAGUUAUCUAUCUGUCUAUCUAUGUAUUUAUUUUGCCAAGACGACAACUUUUUUGCACCCUUUUAGUAACCUUCCACAAAAUUCAAUUAUGUAUUGGGGUGGGGGGUAGUCUAGUAAAACUCUAUCUUUUUUCUAUUUUCUUCUUUCUUUUCAAGAAACUUACACAAACAAUAUUUAUGCAAGUAUGUAUAAUGAUGACUGUUAUAUUAUUGUGUGUAUUUUUGUGUUCAAAUCGUUUUUAGACUGUGAAGUGAAGAGAGUGCGAGAGAGAGAAUAAUAAUGAAAAAAGAGACAAAUAGAAAAAGCUAUUUAUUUGUUUGUUUUCCAUAUAUGCACUUCUUCUCUUUUUCUAUUUUCUUCAUCAUUUUCCCCUUUUUUCCUAAUCAUAAAAAUUCAUGCCAAAACUGUAACUUUUACGGUGGCAAGAAUAGGGGACCAUGGGAAAAUAAUGUGUGAAAAUAUGUUGUGGGCGUGGCUAACACCUCAUAUAUUUUUUUCAUCUGACCUACUGUCAUUUUGUAUUUUGUUAUGAGUACGGAAAUAGUUAUUUUUUUCUGGUUUACCUUUUUCUAUUUUUGUGAUGGUUGAUUCUUUGUUGCUAGGCGCAAUUUCAUUUAAUUUUACCGUGGAUAAUGUUCCACCCACCCCUAAUUUCAAGACAGCAGAAUGCAAAAAAAAAAAACAUAAUUUGGUUUUUAAUUAGUUAUGUAGUUCCUCGGAAAAAAAACUUGUUUUCAUUUCUAAACUCAACUAGACCUCCUUCUCCACAUAUGUAAAAGUCAAGUGCAUUUUUUUCACAUUUUUUCUGUCACAACACAACAUAUGUUCACUUCGUGUGUGGCCCCAGUUCAGUCACAUUUCAAUUGCCUUUGUCGUUGUCUUUAUUUCGAAAAUCAGAAGUAGAAAAAAAGAUUUACGGAACUAGCCAGUCAUGGGAAUUUUUCUUUUUGAUAAAAACACUGGUUUUUUCUCUUUUGAUCUGAUAAGUACACAGUUGCUCGCGCAGUUUAGAAAACUGUUUUUUCUCUUUUUUUUUUGCCGAUGAGAAAAUGAUAUAUGUAUUUUCUUUUUUUUUUCUUGUAGUGAUCGAAAAACAUCAAAAAUGCAUUGUUUUGCGAAUCUAGAAAAAAAGAGCGAUUUAUCUUUGACAAUGAGAAAAGUUACGUCAUUUUCUAGAAAAAAAGUUCAUUGAAAAUACUAUAAAUAAAAUAGAAAUAUUCUAUUUUUAGGAAAUUUAAUCCAGGUGGGAUGGGGGGAAAUGUUUAUUCAUAAUAAUAAUUAUUAUUUUUGUUUUGUGCUUUGCGGUGCACCUUUUCGACAUAAUAAAUAUACUUUGCAUUCGUCUAGCACCUGUCCUGUCCACCUCUUUUUUCCUUUGUCAUUGGUUUUGACCAUAAUAUUUAUUUCAUACACUAAUUAUACCUAGGGUUACUCUACUUUGUAGGUUAGUAAAAGUGACAUACUUUUUACUUUUUUCCAUAUUAUUAUCCGUUUUCAAAACAUGAUUGACUUGUUCAAUUAAAUUCAAAUCAAAAUAAUUUUGUUUUUUUUUGCAGCCUUCGCAAAACAAUGAAUCCACGACGCGAUGUUCAGCGUCGAACUGAAAACGGGCUGCAGAUUUGGAUAUUGGAAGCCAAAGGAUUGCCGGCAAAAAGAAAGUAAGUUGGCCUUGACAAAAUGUCACAAACACUUAUUUGUAUACAUUUUUCUUAAUGACCGGAAGUGAUAAAAUAAUUAUGUGUGUGGUUUUGCAGGUAUUAUUGCGAACUUUGCUUGGACAAAACACUUUAUGCCAGAACUUCAGCAAAGCCAAGAACCGACAAUGUUUUCUGGGGAGAACAUUUUGAUUUUGCGUGAGUUUUCUAAAUUUGAAAUUAAGUACCUCCGUACGAAAAAUGGAAUCAUUUUAAAGCAAUCUUUUUAUCAAAUAAGAACAAUAAUUUUAGCAUUUUUCGAUUUGAUUUCAAUAUGUAAAUUAUGGGAAUUUUAUAGCGAUUCUUCUUGUGGGAAUUUUAAACACUAACAGUUAUUAAUUUUUUCUCGAAAAAAAUAAUUUGUAGUUCAAAAAUCUUCUUUUCAAACCAAUACUGUUGUUUGGGAACUACAGUGCGUUUCAUAAUGAUAGGUUCACCCCCAAAAUUUCUGAAAUCAGCCGAGGUGUGAGUUGUAAUAACAAUCCGAGUUAAAAAUAAAAAAGAGCACACAAAAUUAGCUAAGAAAACUCAAUUUUAUCUGAAACUACCAAAUAAUAAAAAAAUAAAUGACCGGAGUUCAAAAAAUUUCAAAAAUUUAGCGUUUCAAAACGAUAGGUUCACCUAAUCCAGAAUUCCCAUUGGAGACAUAUAAUCGAAAAUCAAUACUUAGUUGGACCUCCAUGUUUAGAAAUGACAUCAUAGAGACGAUUUGGCAUCGAGUCAACAAGUCUCUUGAGGUAGUUCUUAUCGAUUUUAUUCCAUUCCGUCUCGAUGGCAUCUUUGAGUUGGUCCACAGUAUCAUAUUUUUUUCCUUGAGCAUAAACUCGGCGAACGAGCUCCCCCCAUACGUUUUCCAUCGGAUUAAGAUCAGGAGAACACGCUGGCCAAUCCAAAACUUUGAUUUUGUGGCUUUUGAACCAAUCUUUUGAUGAUUGGCUGACGUGGAUGGCAGCAUUAUCCUGUUGAAAAGUGAACUUUCUGGUCCGGAACCGCCUCAAAUAUGGCAAAAGAUAGUCAUGGAGGGUUUUUGGUAAUCUAACGAAUCCAUCUUGAAUGAAACAAAAGCUAUUUUUAACGUUCCAGCUGCAGAAAAUGCGCCCCAACACAUAACCCGUCCUCCUCCAAAAUUUCUCUUUGGGAAGCGAAGUUGAUCCUUUCUGAUAUCAUGCCAGUAUGAGUUGUAACCAUCCGGACCAUCAAGAUUAAACUUUUUUUCGUCAGAAAAAAUUAUCUGAACAAGAAAACAUCAAUAUUUGAUGUUUUUAGAAAAAUUACUUACCUUAUCCCAAUCUGUGGCCAUGUUGGCUUUUGCGAAAGUAAGACGGUUGUCUUUGUGGCGAAGUGUGAGACGCGGAGCUGGCACCAAUUUGGCUCGAACGAUUUCUGGGGAUUGGUCUAUGGCUCUCCAAACUGUAGUCUUACUGAUAUUCAAACCCAGCUCGUUUUUGAUGUCAUUACACGAUUUCAUUGUGUUCGAAGCCAACCUAACAAUCCCUCGUUUAUCUCUCUCCGUGAGUUUUUUGGGAGCUCCAGUGUUUUUCAUUCGCUCAUAGUGAUCCGGAUUGUUGACAAAUUGAUUAAUACAGUUGAGAGAUCGUUUCAAUUUUGACGAAAUCAUUCUAUUGGACCAUCCGGCGAUUUUGAAUGCUCUAAUUUGAGCUUGUUCCUCUUUUGUAAGAUGACUUCCCCGCGACAUUGAUGAAUGACGUGAAAAAACGAGAACAAAAACAGAAACACGUUAAAAUAAUCAAAUAUCACUCGUAUUUUCCAGAAUAUUCGAUAAAACUCCUACCACGAAACAUAACUACAGUACUACUGCGGGUGAACCUAUCGUUUUGAAACGCUAAAUUUUUGAAAUUUUUGAACUCCGGUCAUUUAUUUUUUUAUUAUUUGGUAGUUUCAGAUAAAAUUGAGUUUUCUUAGCUAAUUUUGUGUCCUCUUUUUUAUUUUUAACUCGGAUUGUUAUUACAACUCACACCUCGGCUGAUUUCAGAAAUUUUGGGGGUGAACCUAUCAUUAUGAAACGCACUGUAUACCACAAAUUGCCAUUUCUCCUCUUUCAUUAUGUUCAGAUUUUUUUAAAGUUCUAUUCCCGAACUUUGAACAUCUGAAGAUUUUUUCCUUCUACCUCAACCCCUAUAAUUGACAUAAUUCACUCAACCAUCUCUUUGUUUGCAGUAUGCUUCCAAAAAUUGAUGAAGUUUGCGUAAGUGUGUACCGCGAAAGUGAUUCGAAGAAGAAGAAAGAUCGCGCCACCCUAAUUGGUAUUGUGACCAUUACAAUUGACCAAUUAACAAGCCGAAAUCCAGUGGAAAGAUGGUAAGUUUUUUUUUCUCAUCUUUUUUUUUGUUUGCGCCCCCUAAUUUUUUAUUACUCCAUUUCAUUUUCUUUUUAUGAUUCGACAAAAGACCCUGGGACUAGUAUUUUUUCGCGCGGCGCGAAAAAAAACAAGAAAGUAAAGUGAUUCACAGCUAACCUAAAUAUGUAUUCAUAUAUUCCAUUAUUGUUUUUUUUUUCAUUAUGAAUUCUCUCUCGUUUUUAUCAACAAACACCAUUAAUAAAUUGGGCGGUCUUGAAAAAAACUUCUUGACUUUUUUUAUUCACUUUUGUUGCCCCUAGGAUAAGAAUAACAUAGAAUGAAAAAAAUUAGGGUCAAGAAAAAGAGAGACAUUUUUCAUUUUCCGAAUUUUUUUGUCUGUGUUGGCUUGGCUACCCUGUCAUGGUCAUAGAUCAAGUUUAGUUGGGGGGUUGGUUGACACAUCAAUUAAUGUAAAUUAGUUGCGCCAAAAACUGUCUCACUCUUCGCCGUUUCUUGGCGUUUUUUAUUUCUCAUUUUAAUGAAAUGCAUUGAAAUGAAAUGAAAUAAAAUCCGGUAGAACACCACGGUCUGAGUUUUUUUUUCUUUGACAGUUGUUGACAUUAUAUUAGCGAUUUUAUAUCGUUCGCAAAUUUUUCUUUAUCACAGAUUUUUCAAACUUUUGUUAUUUCUUUCGUCACAUUGAACUUUUUCCUCUUUAAUCUCAUUUUUUCUCUCUUAAUUAAUGUUAAUUAGUUUAACAAGUUUUAUAUCAGAUGAGAACUCAGAAGAACUGGGAUCCAUCAAUUCGACACGCUUCAUUAAUCCCAUAUAAUUUGUCAACCGUAUACAGUUCACUUGAAAAUAUCCCCGAGCAUUUGUCGAGUCCCAGCGAGUGUCGACAAUCGCGAAAUGUUCUCAAAAAUAUUUUGUGGACCAUCAAGUUUCGCAAAAAUUACUUGAGGGUUUCCACGCUUUUUGGGGAUUAUUGUAGGUAUGAAAAUUUGGAAAGAGGGUGGGGAGGGUUCAUCAAAAAGUUGUUGAGUUGUUUAUUCUAAUUUUUGUAUUUUUAGGUACACUGUUAAUACAACAAAUGAUACAAGCAGCAGAAUUGCAUCGGCUCUUGGAGCAAAAAGCAGCUCACAAGAUCAAUCGGCUCUUCGAAUUAAGGCGAGAUGGCAAAGUGUUGAAGUUUUGCCAAUGAAAGCGUAUGAUGAACUUGUUCAAAUGUUAUCAUACAGUUAUUUGCCACUUUGUGAACAACUUGAACCAAUUUUGGCUGUUCGUGUUAAGGUAUGUAGAAAAAUAAAAAAAACAAUUUAUAUUUGUUUACAUUGAUCAAUUCAUUUUUAGGAGGAUUUUGCCACAUCGCUCGUUCGCGUCAUGUACAAACAAAAGCUCGCCAAAGAAUUUUUGUGUGAUUUGAUCAUGAAAGAAGUUGAACAGCUGGACAAUGAUCAUUUAAUGUUCCGUGGAAAUUCUUUGGCUACAAAAGCAAUGGAAUCAUUCAUGAAACUUGUUGCUGAUGAAUAUCUUCAAUCAACAUUGGGUGAUUUUAUCAGAACUGCUUUGAAUUGUGAAGAUUCGUGUGAAGUUGACCCACAAAAAUUGGGCAAUGUUUCGAAUUCGGCCUUGGAAAAGAAUCGAGCAAUUUUGAUGCGAUUUGUUGAAGUUGCGUGGACAAAAAUAUUGAAUAAUGUUCAUCAAUUCCCAUCGGAUCUUCGAGAAGUUUUCUCAGUUUUGCGUUGCCGAUUGGAUGCACAAAAUCGUGGAGCUCUUGCUGAUACUUUGAUCUCAAGCUCAAUCUUUUUGCGAUUCCUUUGCCCAGCAAUUUUGAGUCCAAGUCUUUUCAACAUUGUCUCCGAAUAUCCAUCUGGAACAACAGCAAGAAACUUGACACUUAUUGCAAAAACUCUUCAAAAUUUGGCGAAUUUCACCAAAUUCGGUGGAAAAGAGCAUUAUAUGGAAUUUAUGAAUGAGUUUGUUGAGCGUGAAUGGCAAAGAAUGAAAGACUUUUUGAUGAGAAUCUCAUCAGGAGGACCUGGAGUUGAAAGACAAGUUGAAUCAGUUGUUGAUGUUGGAAAAGAAUUGAGUUUGAUUCAAACAUAUUUGGAGGAAGCAUGGACACCACUUCUUCAAGAGAAAAAUGCAAACAAUAAAUCACUUUGCGAUGUCAAAGCAAUUCUUACCGAUUUGGCUGAAAGUAAACGAAGACCAGAUAGUGCAUUUGCUCAGCAUCCACCAAUUGUUCAUCAACCAUCAAGUGAUUAUGAGAAUAGUCCACAACCAAUCACUUUGUAAGUUUUACUUAUUUUCAAUUUUUUAUUUUGUGAAUCAACGGAUUUUUUCUAGGCCUCGCCAUGAAAACGUGCCAGCUUACCGUAGUACACCGCCAGCUGGUCAAGCAACAAUUAUGGGACGAUCAAUGAGCCGACCGGCGACACAUUUGAUGACUUCCGACGACUAUGUACUCUCAUCUGCGUUUCAUGUAAGAGUUAUUGAAUUCUAAUUGAUUUUCAAAAUAUAAAUUUAAUUUUUCAGACACCAAGACAACAGGGUGCAAGAUUGAUUGAUGAAACUGGAACUUCAUCAAGCAGAACAUCGGAUAAAACAACAAGUAGUGGAGAGAUUCGCGAUGAUACUGAUUCGGAUGCUGAAUUGAGAGAUGAAAGAUCGAGAGCGUUGAGAAAUCGCAAACGACUUCCAAGAACAGAUGCUUCACCAUCAAGUAGCCAACAAGCAUCAAGCGGAUAUUUCAGUAAUAAUGCGUCAAGUUAUUCGAACUCAUCAAGUUCUUCACCGGUUGAAAGAAUGGCUGCAUUAUCGAUUGCUAAUCCAGUUUUUGGACCAGGACCAUCGAAUUAUACCAUUCCAGCUGAACCAAGUCAAGCGUAUGGAAAUCAAAAACGACCAAGUCCACCACCAUAUGAUCCAGAAGCCCAUACUUAUCAUUAUCAACCAGUUUAUGCAGUUCCACCAGAUUGUGAAGUAUCACCAAGAACAACAUUGAGUAGCACAAGUUCGGCGAAUCGAUUAAGUCUACCAAGAACAAAUCCAAGAGCUUCAAGAAACUCGACACUUUUGCGUCCAACUGUUGUUGAUGUUCCUGAUGAUUGGGAAAGAAAUAAUGAAUAUUGGCACGAUCGAAAUAUCGAUCAACAUAGACAACAACAAGAUAUUAUUGAAAAACAGAAAAAAGAAAUUGAACGAUUGAUUCGAGAAAAUGAAGAACUCAAAAGAAGUAUGACUUCAAAUUAUGUCACAGUUGUUCAAGGAAAAGCCGAAUCAAAGGUAAAUAUUUCAGUUAUUGAAUGAUUUUAAAAUAAUGUGUUCAUUUUCAGAGAAGUGAUAGCGGUGCAAGCGAAGAUUCAUACGAUUCUUUGAGCUCUUUGGAUCGACCAACUCGAAAAUCAAUAGUUGUAAUGCCCCAGUAG